AUGAGAUUCGCAACCAUGGCGAUUUUCUUGCUGCUUGCUGCACUUUGUUUGAUUGGAAGGCUGCAUAUCAAUGACAAUGAAAGAGCCCAAAAGAUCGAGGAGCUGGCUACAUCCAUUCAAGAAUUGAGGGGUGAGAUCCAACAGAUGGCAACGCAGCAGGUGGAAAUCCAGCAGAUGGUCGCCCAGACUCAGCAGAUAGCGAAAACAGCAUCUUCGCCUGAGUCUUCAGCUGUUGAGCCUAACGGUUUGAAAGUCUCUGAUGAGCUGAACGAGGCCGAGCCAGCUCCACAAAAGAUCGGCUUAAGGAAUCCCCACCUGCCAUCAGCCUGUGGGGAACGAUCCCUUCAAGGGGCCAUGCAGUUUGUUUGCAGAUCCGCUGAGUCGGAGCCUUGGGUGGAAUUUUGGCGUGAAGGUUCCAAGUUGUUGGGAGAAGGCGAACUGAUCAGCUUCCUCUCCCGCUGCAAGUCGGAGAGAGGCAAAUUAGCCGGUGCACAUGUGUGGAUUUGGUCUGACACGCGUGACGUGCAUGGGUUCAAAGGUGCCAUGUCCGAGCAGGUGAAGGAUGUGUAUGGCCUAGCCAACUUGGCCAGCAAAGCUUGGGGUCCUGAGACAUGGGUUCUUGAUGUCGGAGGCAAUUUAGGUAUAACUGCUAUCCAUCUACACUUGAGAGCUCCGAAUGCGAGCUUGCUAACUCUUGAGCCCAGCCCAUGGAACUACCUCCUCUUGCGGCUGAACCUCUUACAAAACGUGAGGGCCGACUCAAAGGUCUUUGCCUUGCAGGGUGGCUUGUCGACGGUUUCUGGCGUCUUCCAUGGAACUCACAUGUUUACCAAUGCCUGGGCUUCGCGAAAUGAUGAAAUUUUUCAACCUGGCAAGUCUAUCAAAGGAGACUUAAGGGAGCAGGAACUUGGUGAAUUCACAUCUCCUUUGCGAACUUUGGAGGAGCUUGAACAGAUGUAUGGGAUCAAGCAUGUCAAGCUCAUGAAGCUUGAUUGCGAAGGGUGUGAAUGGAUGGUUGGUAUUCAAAUGAUGGAGACUGGUGCGUGGAAGAUGGUUGAUAUGCUAUUUGGUGAACUCCAUGCCCUUUGCCAGAAUGAGGUCUCGGAUGCAGCCCAGUGCCUACCCCGCAAUGUCUCUAUACAGCAAGCGGCAGCACUGUGGUACUUUCUCUGUGAGACUCGCAAAUUCCACUUGGAGUGGGGUUGUGUUGAGCCUCGGUUCGCUGCUUUGGGCAAUGAUGUUGCUGCUGCUCUUGCUGGCCGCAUUUGUGGCAGCAAGUCUAUCAUGGUCAAGCCGCUACAGUGUGCCAUGGCCAAGAAGCUUUGCAAAGAUCAAAGUCGAAGCCCACCUCAGUGCUACCCUCCUAAGAACUAA